AUGGAUUGGUGUGUUGAACCUGAGAUAGAUGUCCAAACCCCAACUACUACAAAACUAGACGGCAAUCCAAAACUUGGUGCUUUCUUUAAUAAGGAUGGCUUAUUAAUGUCAACGUAUGCAUGGUUAGUGAAAAACGCUAUAGGCAUUAUAGUAUUAAUUCAUGGUCUAAAUUCACAUGCAAGAUUGACCUUUUUAAGACAUAACGUUGAAAUCGUGGACAACUGUAGAGCUAUAUUAAAAGAUGAAAACAAUUUUUACGUUUAUAAAGACAGCUGGAUAGAACAUUUUAAUAAAAAUGGCUAUUCAGUAUAUGCAUUAGAUUUAGAAGGUCAUGGACUGUCCGACGGGUGGAAAGACUUAAGUCUGAAUAUUAACAACUUUGAUGAUAUAGUGCAUGACGUAAUACAAUAUCUUAAUAUAAUUAAUGAUGAAUUAUAUUUAAAAGAUCAAGAAAGUUAUUACAAGGCAAUUUGCGAAGACGUGACGGAUUGUGCUGCUCUAUGUGAUGGCAGCAAUGAAGGUAAUAGUGAUAAAUGUAACAGAAAUGUGAGGAGGAAUAAUAUAACAAGGAUCCGAAAAGCAACGAGGAUCUCCAAAAAUCCCCAAAGCAACAAGAAUCCCCAAAGCAACAAGAAUCCCCAAAGCAACAAGAAUCCCCAAAGCAACAAGAAUCCCCAAAGCAACAAGGAUCCCCAAAGCAACAAGGAUCUUGAAAGCGAUAAGAAACCCCGCUGUAGUGAAGGACGUAAGAAUUAUAAACAUUCUUCAUGUCCAAUAUUCAUACUUGGUCAAUCUAUGGGAGGAAACGUUGUUUUAAGAACAUUACAACUGUUAGAGAAGACAAAAAACGAUGGGAAAGGAAAAUUAAACAUUCAAGGAUGCAUCUCAUUAUCAAGUAUGAUUUGUUUUCAGAAAAUAGCUUCACCACGUUCAUAUAAAUAUAAAAUUUUUUAUUUACCAUUUUCAAAAUUAAUUGGUGCCCUCUUUCCAACGUUAAGACUUGCCACAAAAAUAGGAUUUCAAAAAUAUCCCUAUCUUAAUGAUCUUUCUAAUUUUGAUAAAAUUCGAUCCAAAAUUGGCCUAACCUUAAAAUAUUGGUGUGAACUUCUAAGAGCAACGAGUAACUUAGAAAAAGAUAUGAGAUUUAUCCCCAGUGAUAUUCCUAUAUUGCUAAUUCAUUCCAAAGAUGAUAUUUUUUGUUAUUACAGAGGUGUACAAUCAUUUUUUAAUAGAUUAAAUAAUAAUAAUAAAGAAUUGAUUACGCUAGAAAACAUGGAGCAUGGGUUGACCACAGAGCCUGGGAACGAAAUGGUCUUACAAAGCAUCAUAGAUUGGCUUGCAAAUUUAAACACAAAAGAACAAAAGGCCAAAACUUUAAAGAAUGAAUAA